UGUGUAUGUGUGGUGGGGGGGCGUGUUUGUCAGCCACAGACCGAGCUCCGUUUACUAAUCUGACGGAUCGGUUUAACCCGGCUGUUAUCCCGCUCAGUGUUGAUUAGCCCGGCUCUGUUUAGUCCGGCACGGCCCGCUGCGCCAGCAUGUUGUCCAGCCCGCAGGACCAGAACCAGGAGCCGAACCAGGAACAGAAAGAGGAGAUGAAGAAAGAGGUGAAGGCGGAGGAGAAAAUGGAGGAGACGAAGGAGGAGAAAAAGGAGGAGGAAAAGAAAGAGGAGAAGAAGGAAUCCUGGAAGGAUUGUAUCUACAACCCGAGGACCGGAGAGUUCCUGGGCCGGACCGCCAGCAGCUGGGGUCUCAUCCUCCUCUUCUACCUCGUCUUCUAUGGGUUUCUGGCAGGAAUGUUCACUCUCACCAUGUGGGUGAUGUUACAGACUCUGGACGAAAAUGUCCCCCGCCAUCAGGACCGAGUGGCCAACCCAGGUUUGGUGAUUCGCCCUCACGCAUCUGAAAUCUCCUUCAACCGCAGUGACCCGACAAACUACAACCAGUACAUCGAACAACUGCACGACCUCCUGCAGCAUUACAAUGACAGUCUGCAGGAGCGUAACGACUUGUGUCUGGUGGGUGAAUACACUGAACAGGAUGACGAGCUGAUAAAGAAAGUGUGUCAGUUUAAACGCAGUACUCUGCGUCAGUGCUCCGGUCUGCCUGACGCCAGCUUCGGAUACGCUGAGGGGAAACCAUGCAUCAUUAUCAAGAUGAACCGGGUCAUCGGACUGAAACCACGAGGAGACCCCUACAUCAACUGUACUGCCAAGAGAGACAGUCCGUUACAGAUGCAGUACUUCCCAUCAGAAGGUCGUCUGGACAAAAUGUUUUUCCCGUACUACGGCAAGAAAGCCCAUCCCGACUACGUGCAGCCUGUGGUCGCAGUGCAGUUGUUGUUAACAAAAGAAGACUAUAACGUUGAGCAGACGGUGGAGUGUAAAAUUGAGGGUUCAGACCUGCGUAACGACGACGACCGGGACAAGUUUAUGGGUCGUGUCACUUUCCGGGUCAAAGUGUCGGAGUAACCGGACCCACCAAUUUCCAUGGAUACCACAAACUAGAUAUAAACUGGAAAUAAAUCUCCAGUUCCGGCAAACUUUGUAAUCCAGACCUGAUCUAAUCCUGGAUGUCUGAAUCUGGUUCAUCCUGUUCAGACUCUUAUGAGGAAACCAGAUCUGGACCAAUGAGAGCUAAAUAUGGUUACGCUGCCAGAACCCUUUUAGACCUGAUCCUGGUUCAGUCCUGAUCUGGUUCAGACCUGUCUAACCCUAACCCUGCUCCAGAUGUUUUACUUGUUUUAUUACAAAUCUCCUCCUUAGUAGACCAAACAGAAACCAGUGUGACUCCAGUUUAACCUGUUCAGACAGUUGGAGCGGAUCAGGUCUGUUCUGGAAACAUGUGAGCCAGCUGCACAAUGUGUUAUUUUCAAACGUAUGUAUAAUAGUGAUGUAAUAAAAACAAAGAUAUGAUCCCAGCAGUCUGUAACAGAGCAGCGCAGCAGAAACUAACUUCACUACAGAAACUUCAGUGAAAUCACACUGAGACAGAAAACUAAAUUAUCAGUUUAGAUUUGCUCUGAUUAUUUUAAAAGUUAGGCUAACAUUCAGCUGGUCUGUAAUUACAUUACUCUCCUUCCACUUAAUGCCACAGGAACUGCCUUUACAAUAUUUAGCAUACUGAAGAUGUGAUUAUUCUCAGUUUUUAACUGUAACCUGAUUGUGAACAUUUUCAGGUUCAGGGAUGAAGAGAAAACAGAUCUGUAGUUCUGCAGCAGAAAGCUGAAAAUUUUGACCAUGUAAACUUUUUAAUAAUGUUUGUCAGGGUUUUUGUUUAAAAAGUCCUGACAAAGAACAGGUCAGUGUAGCAGCAGGAUCGUAUGACAGUCAUCUGAUUACUGAUUGCCUGUGUGUAAAGGUUUUAUAAUUAAACAGCAUAUUGCAGUUUAUGCAAACAACUGCUAAAAGAAAAUUCAUUGUCAAUACAAACUUUUCAUAGAUGAGUAAAAAGAAAUCUCAUGGUGUGUUUAAUGUUUCACCUGAAUGCUAAUUCUAGUUUCCUGUGUGUUUAAUGUUUAAAAUAUUCCAGUGUAACACUGUCUGUAGAAAAUACAUUAAUCUGGGUCAACAAUAAUAAUAAUUAUUAAUAAUAAUUAUUAUUAUCAUUAUUAUUAUUAUUAUUGAUGAUGAUGCCAUAACAGGUCCUCUAGAGGGCGCUCUGUACGGGGAUUAAAGGCAGAUACAUAACUGCACUAAAGAGCGCCAUCUAGAGGAUUAACAUUACACUGAAGCAGAACGCUGCCUUGGUGCUGCCCCCAUCCCCCACCUGUCUGGUCAUCUGUUAGGAACAAUACUAAUAAUAACACUAAUAAUACUUUAUAGAUCUAAUGAGUUCCUCCCAAUGAAACCCUAACUAUACAACCAAAUGUACAUUUUUUUUAAAAUGUGAAUUGAGUGUGAUUCUAACUACUGCUUGUGAUUAUUGAACAAGAUGACAUCAUCAGCAGAGAAUCAAUCAAUCUUCAGUAAAUAAGUUUCAUCAUGACAUCUGUGUUGUUUAAAGUGGUUUCUAUCCUGAAUGAAAGAUACUCGUCUGAAAUAGAUUGAAUUGUGGUUAUAUUAUUUAUGUUUGUCUGCUGAAGGAACAGUGACAAGAAACAAGAUGAAGAUGCAUCUACACUACUGCAAAUAGAAAAUAAAGAUCCAGCAAUGUUGUUAUUUA